UUUUUUUUUUUUAUCUAUUAUCAUACCAUUUUUUUUUUUAUACUAUUAUUAUUAUUAUUCUUAUUUAUAGAUAUACACCCCUCUCUUCCCCUUUCUUUUCUCAUUAACAACACCACAACCAUUACGACUCAAAUAUAAUACCUUUAUAAAGCACAUUUCAUCAUGUCUACUUGGUUAAUGAUCGAAGAAGAAGAAAUACCAAGAUCGGUUUCACCAGAUUGUUUAGACAAUUGUGAUUGUCCAGGUUUAUCGUCUUCAGUAUCAACCGAUGGAUCUCAAGAUAGUACAUAUUUAUCACCACAAACUAUUCAUCCUACUACACCAAUGGACAUUCCCAGUAAACGACUACAACGACCUAGUAUUAGUAUAGGAUUAAAAAUGACUUUACCCAAUGAUUCUUCCAGCAUUAUUUCUCCUCGUCAAAGUCGAAGUAGUAGUUUUGGAUCUAGUCUUAGUCGAUCAUUAUCUCAUUUAUUCAAAAAGACAUUAUCAGUAGAUGAAAAAAUCAACAAUCAACCACCUAUAUCACCAUCUUCUUUGUGUAAUUCACCUUCUUGUGCCAUCACACCUUCUAUGCCUACUCUUCGUGAAAAAUAUGGUGAUUAUAUCAAACCAUCAAAUUUAUUGAAGAAACAAAUGAUUGGAACUGGUGCUACAGCUGUUAUUCGUCUUGUUCGACAAAAGAAUACUGGAACCAUUUUAGCUGUCAAGGAAUUCAAGAAACGUGAUAAGAAAGAAUCAGAACGUGAUUAUCACAAACGUAUGGGAAAUGAAUUUUGUAUCAGUAAAACUGUCUCAAAACAUCCUCAUCCUCAUAUUGUUAGUACUUUUGAUUUGGUUACUGACGAAAAAGAUCGUUAUUGUACUGUUAUGGAAUAUUGUGAUGGUGGUGAUCUAUAUGAUUUAAUUCGUGAAAGACCCAAUAUGACCACAGAUGAACGUGCUUGUUUAUUUAAACAACUAUUACUUGGAAUUCAACAAUUACAUGAACUUGGUAUUGCUCAUCGGGAUAUCAAACCAGAAAAUCUUGUCCUGACUCGUGGCGGCACACUCAAGAUUACCGAUUUUGGUGUAGCUGAUGUAGUGCAAUCUUGCUUUGAAUCCAAACCAAGGUCAUGCUACAAAUGGUGCGGUAGUGAACCUUUUUGGUCACCUGAAAUGUGGUCUUUGAAGGAUGAACAUUCUUCCUAUGAUGGACGUGCUUUAGAUGUUUGGAGUGCUGCCAUUACUUAUUUCUGUAUUCGACAACAACAACUUCCUUUUGGUGCAAGUUUCUAUCAUGGUUGUGUUGGUGGUAAGAAAGUAUCAUCAAGAGAUGCUGUACCCGGUUCUCCUUUUAUGGUAUCAUCUCAAGCUAUCGAUGGUGGUGAUCAUGAUUAUGGCAAAUAUAUGAAACAAAGGCAAUUGGGAAUAGAUCAAUGUGAUUGUUUCAAUGGUUUCUCUAAAGAAGAAAGGGAAUGUUUGGCAGGUAUGAUGGAUCCAGAUCCAAUCACUAGAUAUACUAUAGAUCAAGCUUUGGCUUCUUCAUGGAUGUAUAAUACUAUUACUUGUGACAAUGGUAUUCUACCUAAUGGAUGGCGACACACUCACUGUACUCUCAACAACAUCAACAAAAAAUAAUAAGGCGUUUUCUUAAUACCAAUAUCUUUUUUUUUUUUUUUUUGUAUUAUAUUUAUAUUCUCCCUUCUAUAUUCUCUUUUUUUUUUUAUAUGUAUUUUGUAUAUUUCCCUCAUCAUUUUUUUUUCUUCGUCUUCUUCUUCCUCACACAUAUCUUUAUUAUUUUGUAUAGAUC